AUGGCAGAGUUCACGCCGCAGAACUUGGCCAACACUGUGCAAACCCGGGGCACGUCAGAAUCAUUCCGCUCUCCCUUGAUGCAUGCGAGCAUCGCAUCGGCGGUGGCAAGGUGCAGCGAGUUCUCUGCCCAGCACCUGGGAAACGCGGCAUGGAGGCUUGCAGCUUGCUCAGCCGUCAGCAUGCCGCUGCUGGAAGCUACGGGCGACCAUGGGGCCGAACAGGUCACCUCCUACGACCUGCAGGCCGGAUUGGCCUGCGAAGUCCAGACCAUUCCGCUUUGUUUAACAUAA